UGACCUCUUGCAAUUUGCAACUAGAAAUCUGCACAAGACAGACCAGUCACCAGACAUUCUCUGGACAGACACAAGACAUAUCCAACAAAUGUUUUGUUUGGGUUUUAGUAUCUGUUUAUUCUCAAAUUCACUGUCCCAGAUAAGUUUUAGUUCAUUUAAACGAAAAGCCAUGUCAACUGUGAUUUUGAGAACGGAUCCUUGAUCAGCAAGUGAACAAGGAGGCUACAUAAGAGCAAAGUACAGCUGCGUAGACACAUUAGUUAACUUGUAACAGUUACUUAUUAGCAGAGACAUUAUACUUUUGCCAGUUGCCAUUCGACAAUAAGUGGCCCCAGAUGUCAACUCUGUAAUAUCGAGGCAAGAAGAAAUGACUGAAAAAGCUGCAGCAAAGUUCUUCAUUUUGGACGGAGGUCUAUCGACAGAAUUGGAGGCAGCUGGGUUUAAAAUACAGGGCGAUCCGCUGUGGAGUGCUAGACUCUUGCACACAAACCCCAAGGCUGUCAAGGAUGCACAUCACAGAUUUCUCAGCAGUGGCUCCGAUGUCAUCACAACAGUUACAUACCAAGCCAGUAUAGAGGGAUUUGUGCAACAUCUGCACCAGACACCUGACCAGGCUGAAAUACUGCUGAGAUCAGGGGUUCAGCUGGCCAAAGAAGCAGUCAAUAACUUCAUAUCUGAUAACUUUCCAUCAGACCGUAAGCAGCCUUUAGUGGCAGGCUCUGUGGGUCCCUAUGGAGCAUUUCUUCAUGAUGGGUCUGAGUACAGUGGAUCAUAUGAAGCUGGAAUGAGUGUUGAGGAGCUAAAAGCCUGGCAUCGACCUCAAGUCCGUGCCUUGGUUGCUGCUGGUGCUGAUCUUAUUGCCAUGGAAACUAUACCAAGUUUUAAAGAGGCAGAGGCUUUGGUGGAAUUGCUGAGAGAGUUUCCAGAUACAAAAGCCUGGCUGUCCUUCUCUUGUAAGGAUACGCAAACUAUUUCAAAUGGGAAGAAAUUCAGUGAAGCUGUGGAAAUGGCCUGUCGAUCAAAGCAGCUGGUUGCUGUCGGACUGAACUGCUGUCCUCCUGCACUGGUCAAACCUCUUCUAGAGUCCAUCAGGUUGCCCAAGAGUCCUGACGUGAGCUGGAUUGUGUAUCCCAACAGUGGAGACGGCUGGGAUCUUGAUACGGGGUGGAUAAGAUCAGAGGAGACACAACCCUUCGUUUGGCAGGCACAGGAGUGGGCAGCCCUGGGUGCUUAUUGGAUAGGAGGAUGCUGUGGUGUUCGCCCUGCUGAUAUUACAAAGCUGAGAGGACAACUCCUCGGUACACUGCAAUAACAAGCUGAGAGGACAACUCCUCGGCACACUGCAUCGCUUGGCGAUACAAUAGCAUGGCUGCUGCCAGAUUUAAAAAAAAUAAAUAAGAAAAUAGAAUUGUGUGUGCCCAAUCAGGGAAUCUUUGCCAUUUGUAAUAAAACUCACCACUGAUGUAUA